AUGGAGUCUGACGAGGCUGCUCCCCAGAACCCGAGCUGCAGCAUCAUGACCUUCCGUCCAAGCAUGGAAGAAUUUGCAGACUUCAACAAAUACAUCGCUUACAUGGAAUCGCAGGGAGCACAUCGAGCUGGGAUCGCCAAGGUGGUGCCCCCGAAGGAGUGGAGAGCCACGCGGUCCUACGCCCAGAUCAAGGGCAUGCUGAUCGCCACUCCGCUGCAGCAGACCGUGUCCGGAAGGGCAGGUGUCUUCACCCAAUACAACCAGCAGAAGGAAGCCAUGACGGUGGAGCAGUACCAACGUCUGGCGAACAGUGAGACCUAUCGCACCCCAGCGCACCUGGAUUUUGAAGAUCUGGAGCAAAAGUACUGGAAGACGCGCACGUAUGGUUCGCCACCGGUUUAUGGUGCCGACGUGAGCGGCUCCCUGUUCGAGGAGAGCACGGAGGCGUGGAACAUCGGCCGCCUGGGGACCAUCCAGGACCUGCUGGAGCAGGAGUGCGGGCUGGUGAUCGAGGGCGUGAACAGGCCCUACCUGUACUUCGGCAUGUGGAAGACCACCUUCCCUUGGCACACGGAGGACAUGGACCUGUACAGCAUCAACUACGUGCACUUCGGGGCCCCCAAGACGUGGUACGCGGUGCCCCCCGAGCACGGCCCGCGGCUGGAGAGCCUGGCGCAACAGCUGUUUCCGGGCAGCGCGCAGGGCUGCAAGGCCUUCCUGCGGCACAAGCUGGCCCUCAUCUCGCCUCGUGUGCUGCGGGACACUGGCGUCCCCUUCGGUCGAAUGACCCAGGAAGCUGGAGAGUUCAUGGUCACCUUUCCCUACGGGUACCACGCUGGCUUCAACCACGGCUUCAACUGCGCCGAGGCCAUCAACUUUGCCACGCCGCGGUGGGUCGACUAUGGCAAAGCGGCCUCGCAGUGCAGCUGCGGGGAGGCCAGGGUCAGCUUCUCCAUGGAUGUCUUCGUGCGCACCCUGCAGCCCGAGCAGUACGAGCAGUGGAAACGCAGGCAAGGCCCGGAGCUGGAGCAGCGCGCAGAGCCCGCGGGGCCUGCCAGGCGCGAGCCCAAGUCCAGGCCGAAGCAGAAGGCCAGCACCAAGCCGCCCAGGCCAGGGCGCACUUCCACAGCGGACCCGAGGCCCACAGCAGAGGCGAAGCCCAGGCCCGAGCUGAGGCCCAGAAAGAAGCCAACCCUGAGGCAGGUGCCAGGGCCUAGGCCACUGCUGACAGCAAGCCCGGAGAUGUCGCCCGAACCCGAGCUGCCCCCCACAAGCAAGCUUACGCCCACAGCGGAGAUGGCAGCACACAAUCUCCAUGACUGUGCCCUGCUUACUGUGCCUGAUGCAAAGCCUCUGAGAAGCUUCCUGGAAUCUGAUCACUGUGUGGCUCCUGGGACCUGGCCAGAAUUGUAG